UGCGCAAAAAAUAAACAUUGCUGUUUGGAAGUAAAUUUUACAUAACCGCACUGCCGACAGGAUGGCCACUGUUAAAUAUAUCGGCCGCACUACGGAUUUCCGUGGAAAAACGCUAUGGGAAAUCGUUGGUAAUCUGAAAAAUUUCGGGGUCGGCCGUGUGGUGGUGCGCAGCAUGAUGGAGCGCUAUCCCGAACCGAGUUUUAUGCGGAUAGUCAAGGUGGAAACCUUGCCCGAUGAGGAAAUACGCAAGGUGAAGGUAACCGUAGAAAAGACGUUCCGGGGACGAAAGUACCCCAAGUUGAUAGAAAUAAGCAGUGUCUCGUACAAAGCCGACUACCGAUUGCUGCAUAAACACGAAGAGGAAGCGUACUGCCGCGGAAUUGAGCAACCGGUAAAGAUUGUCCCCCGGGACAUCGAAAUGCCUCCUUUGUUGAGACAGUUUGUACAAAGAGAAACGGGAAAGGCCGAACCAAGAAUACCGGUAAGAUUGCGGGAAAGCAUUUACAAUAAUUAUCGAAUAGCUCGGGAAGGCGAAAACCCUACAGUGGAAAUAAGUAUGGGCCUUGGAAAACCUGCCAGUCCAAAUCUUUAUGCCGGUUGUGAGCUAUAAAGUCCGAAAGGAAUUUUGUUAAAUAUAGUUUAAUUUAAA